AUGAAUCCUGAAAUUUCGGAUGAACUACUUUCUACUUUAAUAAGAAUUAAAGAAAGUUCGUAUGUAAUGUCAGAGGAACAAUUAAUAAAUGAUAUAUCAACGAUAUUUUUAGCAAGUGAAGAUACAACAUCAACACAAUAUAGCUUUGCUGUUUUAAUGCUUGGAAUGUAUCCACGCAUCCAGGAAAAAGUUUAUGACGAAAUAGAAAAUAUUUUGGGGCAAACAACUACAUUUUCAAUAGCAGAUUUAAAUAAAUUAGAAUAUUUAGAAAUGUUUUUAAAUGAAUGCGUUCGAAUAUUGCCAGUUCCAUUUUAUGGUCGAAAAGUAACCGAGGAUUUUCAAUUUGAAAAUUUUGUUGCACCAGAAGGAUGUUGUGUUGUAGUAAAUGCAUAUGAAAUGCAUCGUAAUCCAAUAUACUGGGAGAAACCAAAUGAAUUUUAUCCAGAACAUUUCUUGCCGGCGAAUGUUGCAAAACGUCAUCCAAUGGCGUUUAUACCUUUCAGUGGAGGACCACGACGUUGCUUAGGUAGACAUUAUAGUUUAUAUCUGUUGAAAACAGUUUUAAUAAGUACACUUCGAAGUUAUAAAAUUGAAGCAGAUGGAACGCUACAAGAUUUAAAAAUUGUUGGUGACAUAUUAUGUCGUAUUAAAGAUGGUUAUAAAAUACGCUUAAAAUAUCGUGAUUAA